CCGACAUUCCACACGAGUCAGUUGCCAAGUUGCUCGAUCAAGUCGUCAUGGCUGCUUCCCCGUACUUUGCCAAGCAUGUGGCGAUGGCGCUCAUGUGCGUCGCAUUCGUAGUGGCCCAAACGGCCAGCACUACCAUCCCACCCUCCAAAGUCGAUGAAGUCUUGAACAAGACUGGUGAUCAACUCAUCGACGAGUUGGCUGGUGGCGACUCUGCGACCGCCCGCUGGUUGAAAAACAUCAUUGCCGCGGUCGCCAUAUUGGCCACUUUGGCCGUGACAUUUGCUGGCUACAAGCUGAUCUAUCCCGUGCUCUUCAUCGCGUCGUUCUUCUUGGGCGCCGUCUUCUCGUACGAUGUCUUGCUUCAAGCAUUUGCCAAUGAAAGCCCUGCCUUGGUGGGUUUCUUCAUUGGUGGGCUCAUUGCAGCCAUCUUGGUAGUGUAUUUUUACGACGUUGGCAUCUUUGCUGUCGGUGCCGUUGCCGGCGGUGCCGCUGCCUUCUUGCUCGUCACGUCGGUGUUUGCCAGCGUUGGUGGUGCCAACCACGUGUACUAUCACUACGGUUUUUUGGUUGUUGGGUCACUCUUGGGCGGUUUGGCAGCCAUUUAUUUGGAAAAGCCUGCGCUUGUGAUUGCUACGGCAUUUGGCGGUGCGACCAUCUUUGUCGGUGCUUUGGGCCACUUCAUCGGCGGCUACCCUACGGUCCAGCAGUUAACUGAUGUCAGGGCGACAUCGUCGUUCAUUGGGGCCGUGCCUUCGUCGUGGUGGGGUUACUUGGCUGGCACGGUGGCCUUGUUCCUCCUCGGCGCGUAUGUUCAAUUCAACCACACGGCCCGCAACGUGGACCACAUCCGCGGCGACACUGUCGAAACCAAACCUCUCCGCAGCGCCUACCAGACUAUCUAAUAGUUGGUUGGUCGAAUUUGUGUUAACAUGGAGCUCUUCCACUGCUCUCCAUUCCAGUUUGCCCACUGCCGAAUUCAUGCAACCCAUGGCAACGGGAAUCCUUGCGACGACUCGUUCGACCAGAUCGUCGAGCACCACACGGCUUUUCUUCAAGUUCGCCAUUGGACUUUGGUAUUCGCACGGUAAAACAUGAACUCUGUGAGGGUUCUGAACUGCGCAUUAACGAACCCAAUCUGCACACAUGACGAACUGUGGCGCAGCGCAAUGAGCUGUCAAACCAUUCGCGCCUAGCACAAGUCCACCUCCGUUUCGAUGGUCCAUGUGCUACCCAAGUGAGGCGUGCUUCGGUGAAGUUGUAGGCGGAACAAUCGCUUCGACAAGAGGGGCGGGCGCCUGUAACUUUUCAGCGAUUUCAUGCUGGCAAUUUUUGUGUCGCGCUACUCGAAUUAAAGUUUGGCAUUCCAACGUUCAUUACAAAACGCGACGUCGUGCGC